AUGCACCUCGCCCAUCUGGGUUACAUCCGGGACCUUGUGGCUUCCAUUCUGGUUGAGACCGUGAGAUCGGGCGAGAUGGCAGCUUUCUUGCGAUUCGAUGGCAGCCCAGAUCAGCUUCUUCACAGGUGGACUGCGGAAGCCCAAAGUUUUUGCAAGGAUCGUGGCCUGGAUUGCUCGAUGAAGCCGCUGACGUGGGAAACUUUACAUGCCAACAAGAAGGCUAUCUACCCUGAGCUCACAAGCCGUAUAAAAGCAAGUCGGACCAGACACUUGCUGGCGUUUACCGCUUAUUACUGCUGUCAACUGGAAAUACUGGUGUCUGAUGACGCACCCUCAGACACGGUGCAUUGGUCGAGGUGCAGGGCAACGAUGGUAUGGUGCUUGGAUGCAGCGUUGAGUGUUGGGGGAACUGGCAGUAAACCCUUUCUCAAGCCAGAGGAGAUUAUCGAAGCACAAUGGUGUUUCGAUACGUUCCUUCUGAGCUAUGCUCACGCUGCUGCACGAUUCCAUCGAAAAGGCCUCUGCUUGUACAAACUUCGGCCGAAGAUGCAUUACACGCAGCAUUUGGUGGAUGAGCUGCCCUGCCACAAGCUCAACUUUUACCAUGCUGCGAUUUUUUUGGACGAGGAUCAUAUGAAGUUCCUCAAGAUUGUUUCGGCCGGCUGCCACGUGACUUCUCAGCCUCGCACCUGGGCAAGACGUUACCUGACGAAACAAGUGUUUCUCUGGCGACGCUUGCCCGGGGCGACGGCGAAGAAGAAGUCCCUUGACACCGUGCUUGGUAAGAUUCGCCAGCGAUCCUUCAGGCCGGACGCUCCAAGAGGAGAGCAGUUUCAGGGCGCCGAUGCUGCUGCCGCGCCGGCAGCAGCCCUUGAAGAUGAGUGCGGAGUAGGAGACAUGGUGUCAAGCUCAGAGGACAGUGCCGAUGAGGAACACCCAGAUCGAGAGCUCGACGAGGCUGCCGAAGCUGAGGCCCUGGGACAUUGGCAUGGCAGAGUCGACUUGGCGAAGCUUGGUGAAGGUGGAACUACCUUCAAGUGUGGGCUCACCAUCACGGCUGCAUAUGAGAACUUGGAUGACAUGCCAAGAGUUUUGUAUCCUCGGUGCAAGCAAUGCGGCCUUUUUGAGCAUAGAUUAUCCCUGCGAGAUGCACUCCAGAGAAAGCGCGCCGUGCAAGAGCGCUCGGGGGACGAUGCUGAAUUGAUUCGUGCCUUGAAGGAUGCCCUGGGGGACGAGCCGGAUCUAGGGCAGAAGUCUGCAUUCAGAAGGCUUUUCCACGAGGCCUUCUCAGUCACGACGGCUGAGAUGAAGGCGAUAAAAGGGCAGAGCGACAGCUUAGUAGACGCCUUUGUGGCUCUCUACGAGCAGAAUCGCCUGCAUUUCAUUGAGUGGGAUCGUCUCACGUCGAAAGAGCAGGAGGUCACCAGCAGCUCAAAAAAGGAGACGGUCUUGUCAGUAGACUCUUCAGGCAGACUGAAGACAGAAAAGGGUGAAGCUGCAAAGGCGGAGACGACCACCGAGUUGCUGCUCCAGUUCGCCCUUACUCGAAGAGGAAUUGCAAUGGAAAUGGGAAACUUGCUUGACUACAGUCUUCAUGCAAAGUGGGUGGAGCGUUUGUUGUGUGCUCGCUUGGACCAGGUGCCUCAGACGCACGUCCAAACUACAUUCAAUCAGCUUCAGAUUCAGCUUGCAGACAGGGAACUAUUUCAGCUCUUAGCUGAAAGAACGCGCUCCGGCAUUCAGGCCACUCCCAGUGGUCGUCCACUGGACAUCGUAUUCGAAGACACAUGGAUGGCCCCAGAGGUGCUGCAUAUCUUGCAGCCGAUGCCCAGGCCUUCUGGGCAUGCGCCACAGAUCAAGGACACCAGGCCAGGUCCUUACACACCUACUGGUGUGAAUACCGAUCACUGGGUGCCCACGCGCAAGGGCAAGGGAAAAGGAAAGAACAAGUUUCGAGCUUCGUCGAGACUCCCCGCUGGCCUGGAAGGUUGUCGCUCGCAUACCAAUGCCGGCGAAAGCAUCUGUUAUGGCUUCAACCUGAAAACGUGCCAGGAGGUCGUGACCAGGGGGAGGUGCAGCAAAGGCUUGCGCAUAUGUGCCAGCGAUCCUUGUCGUGCCUCCGAGGCCCGACAAGAGGGCACAGAAUUCGUUGGCUCGCCUGAGGCCUUUGCCGCUGCGAUCCUCGCUAAAGGAUUGCCCUCUAAGGACGACGUGCUCGCUUUGGCACGCAAGCUGCCUAUGAGCCCCUCUCUCAGAGAUGAAGCUGCCAAGUCUUUUAGCACGGGUGCAUGCGUGCAUGCGUGCAUGGCGGCCCCCGAGUGUACUUUCAGCACCGUCACUGUGCUCUUCGAGGAUAGAGAUCUGCAAAACCACUCUUGCGAGAAUUACGUUUUCCCUUUGAGCACCUUCUCAGGGGGUGAGUUGUGGGUUGAGGGGCAUGGCGACGACAGGCAGGUACUAGACGGCAAAGAAGUAAUCGGUGGCCCGCUGGAGUGGGUUGGCGACUGUGUCAAGUUCCGUCCAGACAAGCUGACGCACUUCGUUCUGCCGUGGAAGGGUAUGCGCGGCUCAGCCCUCCUUUCAAGUGUCGCUCGAGAGGCAGGGUUCGACAUUCUGCCCAUUGAUGCAGGUCACAAGGUUCCCCGGGCGUAUGCACAUGUGCUGCGCCUUGACUUGCGAGAAUCGCUCACGCUUCAGUUUCUAGAGAACGUGCUACGGAAUCGAGCUGUCGCUUGGAUGCACUUCUCCCUGCCAACUGGCACGACUGGUCGUGUCUUUCGAAGCUUCGCCUCUCCCAGAGGUCUGCCCAACUUGCAGGAGCCCGGAGCCUCACGCGUGCUGGCGGCUAACGCUAUCUUCGACAACGUUGCAACUUUGCUUCAGAAGGUCCUUGCAUCCUUUCCUUCGGUUGGUGUCUCUGUCAAGCAUCCCAUCGGAUCUGCCGUUUGGGAGCUACCAGCCUUUGCUCAGCUUCGACGUUCUUUGCCACAAGUCACCGUGACUGCAUGCUUCUUCGGUGCUUCUACAAUCGCAAGACCCUCCUCGUGA